AAUGUAUGUGUAAUAGUUUGGAGGCAUUAGUAAUGAAAUUUGGAAACAAUAUUAAAAUAAUUAUGAAAUUGAUUAACAAAAUUGACAAUUGAUUUCAUUAUUGAUAUUAAUGUGAUUUUAACGACUAAUUAGUGGACAACUUAUCUGUAAUAUUGUGUUGUUUUUAAAGUUAUUAAAGUUAUUAAACAUUAUUUUUAUUAAAAAUUUUAGACAAAUGACUAUAAAUAAUACAAAUUUAUUAAAUUAAAGUGAAAUACAUGUGACAUUGCAAGACAUGCGGUAAUGGCUUCUCACUAAAGAUGCUCGCAUUGAAUGACUUCUGGACUCGAGUUGAUAGUAUGGAUGCGAUGGACUGCACUGAUAGCACAGAUAUGUUGAACACAUUGGAAUCGAUUGAGUUGAUUGAGAGCAACCAAUUGGCUGAUAUCACAGUUAACCGAUUGGACAAUAUAUUGAUAAUCGACAGCCGAUCCUUCCUCGAGUAUAAUACUUGUCAUAUCAGUUAUGCAGUGAAUGUCAACUGUUCUAAGAUUGUUAAGAGAAGACUUCAGCAAAACAAAAUAUCUAUUAAUGAACUACUUGUGCAUACAUGCCAGUGCCAGAUUAACAAUAGUCAUACAGUCAUAGUCUAUGACCAACAAUCGACAGAUGUGUCGAUGCUAUCGAGCGAUAGUUUUGUUACAAUACUUUUAAGUAAACUUAGUUUAGUCUUCAAGAGUGUGAGUCUAUUAAGAGGUGGUUUUUUGGACUUCCAGUCGGCUUAUCCGACACUUUGCGAAAACAAAGCGGCCAAAGGGUCAACUACAUUGACCUCACUGUCACAGCCAUGUAUGCCAAUCAGCAAUCACGGGCCAACACGUAUACUGCCUUUUCUCUACUUAGGCUCACAACAAGAUGCUCUCAAUAGAGAUACACUUAGAGACCACAAUAUCAACUAUGAGCUGAAUGUGAGCACUUCGUGUCCGAAACCAGAGUUCAUCCCAGACACACAUUUUUUACGAAUAGCAGUCAAUGAUAAUUAUAACGAGAAUUUGUUGUCAUAUUUUCCAAAAGCUUUCAAUUUUCUCGAUAAAGUGCGAGAAUCGGGCGGCUGUGUAAUAGUUCAUUGUUUGGCUGGCAUUUCACGUUCGGCUACCGUUGCCAUCAGUUAUGUUAUGAGACACUUAUGUAUGUCAUCAGAUGACGCCUACAGGUAUGUUAAGUCAAAGAGAGCCACUAUAUCUCCAAACUUCAAUUUCUUGGGACAACUACUCGAAUAUGAGAAGCAAUUAAUUAGAGAACGAGUUUUAAGUAAUUUCUCAGAAGACUGUUCUCGAGGUUCACAGUCAGCACCAAUUUGUUCCUCAAAAAUGAGUCCUUUUUCAUCUAUAACUCAAUACCCAUCAAUUCCGAGGCCUAGAAAAUUAAAUUUUCCCACCAAAUCAAUUACAAAGUUGGAUCCAUUUACUCCCACUCCUCCCGAUGAAAAUACAUCCAAUGGUGAUCAGUCACCCACUUCUUCAUUUAAAUUGGUUCGCAUCUUCUGAACUCAAUUACAACUACACUUAACUCAAACAAUACAUAUCGAUAAGCGAUUUAUUUAUGAAUCAAAACUCACAAUUUAUUACUUUAAAAAAAAUUAAUUAUAUUAAACAAAUUGUAAUUACAACAAGUAAUGACAUUUGUACAUAAUUUAAUGUUUAUCAUUUGAUUGUUGUGUACAAAACAAAAAAUUUACAAUAUUUUUCGUAUCAAUAUAAGCCAUACCUCAUCAGCAUUUGGUCCAUCAAUACCGGGAGUACUCGACCUGUGCUUACCUAAGUCUUUGUCACUAAAUAACUAACAUUAUGUUACAUACAUUUACUUUACAUUAAUAUUGCAUUUGUUACUAAACAUUAAAAUUUCCAAAUCAUAUCAAUCACUUAUAAGACAAUGAUAUCAUUAUUACAAAACAAAACUUUUUGUUGAAUAAGAGUACAAUAGUUGUCAAAAUCUUUGAGCAAACUUUACUAAGACAUCCAUUAGAUGUAAAAACAAAGUAUUGUUAACUCAAUGAUUGGGUAAAAGCUUUGAUAAAUCAUUCCUUCAUUUUUAUUAAAUUUUGCUUUUUAUUUAACUGUAUUGAGUCGUGAAUUUGUAAAUCAAUUUGA